GUCAACAGCGAGAGACAUGUUUGGGCGACCGGUUCGCAAUCUGAUAUAAGAAAAUACUGGAUGGUGCGCGUAGGCAUAAUGAUUUCUCAUUAUUCCCGGCGUGGUGCGCGGAUUAAUGGUCGCAGAUGCAGUUUUGCGGUGUACGAGGUCGUGGUGCUGGUGGUGGUGUGCAUGUGUACGGAGUCGUCUCGCACCUCCAGGGCUGCCAUUUGCGAAGUCCCAACCCUCCUAUCUCAUCCUUUCUCACACUUCUUCAAUCAAACAAAGCCGUUAUGGAUCGCUGGAAAAUCUCUACCACUGCCACAAUCGAAAGCCCAACUCCUACUCGACGCAGGACCACCAACCCACUAAUCGACCGUCCAAACCCCAACCCAUUCCCCUCGUUCCUGAGGUGUUGGAGUUAACGGCUGACGUAAAUGGCGAGUGUAUCAUAUGGAUUCGCGCACCGCAGCUGCAUUCCCAAUUUUUUGAACAAUCAGUGGGAGAGACGAGGAGUUCGCAUGAGCCAAAAGUGCUGGGAACGAAACGCCGACCCAACGAACGAACACAUGAUGGUUUCCACACUUUAUCAAAUUCAACAACGCGUUCCUGACAUUGAGGGCGAAACCUUGGAACGACUAGCGAGAUUUCGCUCUCCGCGUUGGUGCGACGAGUUUCAGACGUGGGGACGAGCGUGCAUCCCCCGGCCUGCGACGAGGGAUUAUCAACUCGGCACCGAGCUGAGGCGGCUUCAGGCUCUCGUCGAAGGUUGCUGACGGUCUUGUCAUCGGAGAGGCUAUGAUGAGACUUUGCGGUUCAUGCGCAAAUGAUGAACUGGUGAGCACUGCAGAUUGGAGGCCUUCAUCUACCUGCGCGCACUUUGUCCGUUUCUGUUGCCACAUGUAUCCUCAUCACUCCGAACUACUGUAGGUAGAUAUCCUCAAUA